AAAAGGAAAAUUUGCCUUUUCUGGUUCCUUCCUGGAAAGAUGGAAAGUGCUUUAGUAGGCUCCUGGCACAACAGUGGCUUCUACGGGCACUCUAGAGGCCAAGUCAAGAGUGAAAGUGCUGGAGGGUAUCGCCGUGCGGCCAAGCCCCAGCCCCCAGCAGCAUUCCUGCAGCGAUCUCAGGAACCAGCACAGCAACACUUCUUCUCCAAGCAUGACAACCGCACUUCCUAUGACAAAGGCCCUUACUGUCUGCUGCAGGGAACUGGAAGGCAGAAAGAUCUGAAGCGUCUGUGGCAGAGGCACACCUUCUUGCGCUGUGCACCCUGUGAGCUGGAGCUGAGCCAGCAGCAGCCCCUGAAAUCUUCCUACCAGUCUGAUUUCCAGUCAGGCUCAGGACUUGAUAGCCUUCCGCAGCACCAUGUUCACUUUGUGCAAAUCCAGCCUCCCUAUGUCAGUACUACCUACCAGCGAAAUUUCUGCCAAUCAUCCCUUGGUGGUCGCUGUGGCAGUGACAAGAUAGGGCCGCAAGUGCCUGUCACUGACACAAUGCCUGACCUCCCAGCAAUCCCAAGACCCAAGCUACUGCAGCACUACCUUCACCCUGGGGUCUGAGUGCCUACACUGGUCCUGAGCAUUAAACAAGGUCAGCUGACAUACAGCCUGCCUGUACUUGCAGCCCAAAAGGUCUCAGGAGCUAGUGUGCAGUGGUGGGCAGCCAGGCCCAGAGCCUGAUUCCCAUGGCACUUGAGUAUAUGGUCUCCACAUGCUGGGCUGUGGUGGCACUUCCAUGGGAGCAUUGCCACCAGGUGAGAAAGAGUAAGGCCUGGAAGAGACCCAGCAUCCAGAAGGGUUGCCCUGACCAACAAUAAGUAGGUCCAAACACUUCUCCACAACUUCAGCAAACAGCUGGAAACUCAGUGUAGCUGCAAGGAAAGCACAGCUAGCAGUUCUACUAGUGGGCACCAAAGGCUGGAGAAGCUGGGCACACACCUGUAAUCCCAGCUACUCAGGAGUCCAAGGGAAGAGGAUCACAAGUUCUAGGCCAGCCUGGGAAACUGAGGACCUGUCUCAAAAUAAUAAAAACAAGGGGCUGGGGGUGUCACUCUGUGACAGAGCAUUUACCUAGCAUGUCCAAGGUACUUGGUUUAAUCUCCAGGACAGAAUUUAAAUAACAAAAGUUAAAAAAGCUAGAUGAAGAGACAAAGGCUGACAGCUUCCUCUAGGAGGAGGCCUAGAGGAGUUCGGUGGGUAGCUACACAGACCUGCCUGGGAAAUGGCUCCCCACAGCUGACAGAGAGGGAGCCUUGGCUAUCACCUGCACUGAACCACCUCUCCCUUCAGCGGUGAGCAGAAGUCUUGAGAAGACACUGUAAUGCUGUGUGAUUUGGACCCAGAGGUUAUUCUAAACCUGUAGAGUUUUA